UCUCUCUCUCUCUCUCUCUCUCUCCAGCCGUUUAAAGCUGCCUCUCUCGCGGCCGUCUCCAAACCCUCCCCGCCUCUCUCUCUCUCUUUCUCUCUCGCGAUCUCGAACCGUUGAAUCCGAGUCUCGAUCUCGGAUUCAUAAGAAGCUUCCGAUCCCUCGUUCGAUUCGAUCGCUCUCUUUCGCGUUCUCAAUCGCCGAUUUCUGAAGCAGUCAUGGCUGGUUCGGCUCCAGAAGGAUCACAAUUUGACGCUCGUCAAUUUGAUGCCAAAAUGAAUGAUCUGCUUUCAGUUGAUAGCCAGGAUUUUUUCACGAGUUAUGAUGAGGUUUAUGACAGUUUUGAUGCUAUGGGGCUUCAGGAAAAUCUUUUAAGAGGCAUUUAUGCUUACGGUUUUGAGAAGCCAUCUGCAAUUCAGCAGAGGGGAAUAGUUCCAUUCUGCAAGGGGCUCGACGUUAUCCAACAAGCACAAUCAGGAACUGGAAAGACCGCAACUUUCUGUUCUGGAAUUCUACAGCAGCUUGAUUACAGCUUGGUGGAAUGCCAGGCUUUGGUGUUGGCUCCGACGCGAGAGCUUGCUCAGCAGAUUGAGAAGGUCAUGCGUGCCCUUGGCGACUACUUGGGCGUGAAGGUGCACGCAUGUGUCGGUGGGACCAGCGUACGUGAGGAUCAGAGGAUUCUGUCAAGUGGUGUCCAUGUUGUUGUUGGUACUCCUGGACGGGUUUUUGAUAUGUUGAGAAGGCAGUCUCUCCGCCCGGACCACAUUAAGAUGUUCGUAUUGGAUGAGGCUGAUGAGAUGCUCUCACGCGGUUUUAAGGACCAGAUCUACGACAUAUUUCAGCUCCUCCCCUCGAAGAUCCAAGUCGGGGUCUUCUCUGCGACUAUGCCCCCUGAAGCCCUAGAAAUCACACGUAAAUUCAUGAACAAGCCUGUCAGAAUCCUUGUGAAGCGUGAUGAGCUAACGCUAGAGGGUAUCAAGCAAUUCCACGUCAACGUCGAAAAGGAAGACUGGAAGCUCGAAACCCUCUGCGACCUCUAUGAGACCCUAGCCAUCACCCAGAGUGUGAUUUUCGUGAAUACCCGCCGCAAGGUGGAUUGGCUCACCGACAAAAUGCGCAGCAGAGACCACACUGUUUCCGCCACUCACGGUGAUAUGGAUCAGAACACUAGGGAUAUCAUCAUGCGCGAAUUCAGAUCAGGCUCUUCUCGUGUUCUAAUCACUACCGAUCUUCUUGCGAGAGGUAUCGAUGUGCAGCAAGUCUCGCUGGUUAUAAAUUACGACCUGCCCACUCAGCCAGAGAAUUACCUGCACCGGAUUGGUCGAAGUGGUCGAUUUGGGAGGAAGGGUGUUGCGAUUAAUUUCGUGACCCGCGACGACGAGCGGAUGCUGUUUGACAUCCAGAGGUUUUACAAUGUGGUGAUCGAGGAGCUGCCGGCCAAUGUUGCUGAUCUUCUCUAGUACUCCAAAUUUGCGGUAUCUGUCGUUCUAAUAGGAGGAAAUCGUAUGAGGAAAUCGUUUAUUAGGUUGGGUUUUUCUUUCCCUUUUGAAUUAUCCUCAACAUCGAAUUUGCUGUUUUGGAUUAUUUAAUGGUGAUUUGGGACUGAGUUAUUGUUUAUCCCCCCAUAUUUGCUAAUUUUGGUCGCAGUAAGAUUGUGUCGUUGUACCGGAUAAAUUUUAACUUAUAUGUUUGUUAUAAGUCGGUAUGUUUGAUUA